AACCUUGGCCACAAAACAGUUCUCCUAGUAGACAAAAGUGAAGUGUGUCAGGUGUUGAUCAGUACCCUAAACAGCUUCCAUCAACAGGCCCGGAACAAUUUAUGAGUCUGGAAGGAAAGAGCAGGGGAGCGCUUUUUGAAAAUUUAAGGGUAAAACCUGAAAACAUACGUUUUGCACAUAUCUGGUACUGGAUUGGAGACAGUAGCAAUGAAUGACGUUGCUCAGAAGGCUGAGAUUCUGCUUUCUUCAUCUAAACCUGUCCAAAAGUCCUAUGUGCCCAAACUUCGAAAGGGUGAUGUAAAGGAUAAAUUUGAAGCCAUGCAGAAAGCAAGGGAAGAAAGAAACCAAAGACGAUCUAGAGAUGAAAAGCAAAGAAGAAAAGAACAAUAUGUUAGAGAGAGAGAAUUGAACAGGCGAAAGCAGGAGAUGAAAGAACUACUUGCUUCUGAUGAAGAAGAAGAAAAUACUUCUAAAGUAGAGAAAGCAUAUGUUCCAAAACUGACAGGAACUGUCAAAGGAAAGUUUGCAGAAAUGGAAAAACAGAGGCAAGAAGAAGAAAGGAAAAGAAUGGAAGAAGAAAGGCAACGAAGAAUUGAACAAGACAUGAUAGAGAAAAGGAAAAUUCAGAGAGAACUGGCAAAGAAAGCACAAGAGAUUGAUGAACAAUUAAACAAUUCGGGAACUGAAUCGGCAUCGGAGGAAGGUGAUGAUUCAUUGCUAGUGACAGUAGUUCCUGUAAAACCUAGCAAAACCCCUGGAAAGAUGAAAAUAACUUUUGAGGACCUAGAGAAAGAGAGAGAAGAACAAGAAAGACAAAAGCAUGAAGAAGAAAAACGACUGAGAUAUGAACAGGAAAAACAAGUUCUCAGGGAAGUCAAAUAUUUUUCACCAGAUGUGGAUGAAGAUGAAAGUCAAGGCAGUGAAAUAAAAGAAUGCCUUUCUCCUGGAAAAGUGAAAUUAACAUUUGAAGAACUGGAAAGACAAAGACAAGAAAAUCAGAGGAGGCAAGCAGAAGAGGAGGCAAGACAACGCUUGGAAGAAGAAAGACGUGCCUUUGAGGAAGCAAGGCAACAAAUGAUAAGUGAAAAUGACAAUGAUGAGGAAGCUGAAAAUUCUGUUAAGGAGUUCCGUCCUGGAAAAUUGAUACUUGGUUUUGAGGAAUUAGAAAGACAGAGACAAGAAGAAGAAAAAAGAAGAACAGAGGAGGAAGCCAAAAGGCGUAUAGAAGAAGAGAAACGGGCAUUUGCUGAAGCAAGAAAAAGCAUGGUUCCAGAUGAUGAGCUUUCACAGAUGUCAAAAACUGUAUCUCAAGAAUCUCUCACACCUGGAAAACUGGAAAUUAACUUUGAGGAGUUAUUGAGGCAAAAAAUGGAGGAAGAAAAGAGACGCACAGAAGAAGAACGCAGACAAAAACUGGAAAUAGAAAAGCAAGAAUUUGAACAGCUCAGACAAGAAAUGGGAGAGGAGGAGGAGGAAUGUGAAACCUUUGAAUUAAGCAGAGAAUAUGAGGAAUUAAUAAGAUUAAAAAGAAGUGGUUCCAUUCAAGCAAAGAAUUUGAAGAAAAAGUUUGAAAAAAUUGGGCAAUUGUCUGAAGAAGAAAUACAGAAAAAAAUUGAGGAGGAAAGAGCAAAGAGGAGGGCAAUGGAUCAGGAAAUAAAAGCAAGGGAAGCAGAGAAAUUUCAAGAGGAAGAUGAAGUAGAUGUGAAGCCAGCCGCAAAAUCUGAAGCUCCAUUUACACAUAAGGUCAACAUGAAAGCUCGAUUUGAACAAAUGGCAAAGGCUAGAGAAGAGGAAGAACAGAGGAGAAUUGAAGAACAAAAGUUGUUACGCAUGCAAUUUGAACAGAAAGAAAUUGAUGCUGCAUUACAGAAGAAAAAAGAAGAGGAGGAGGAAGAGGAUGGGAGCAUUGUUAAUGGAUCUGUUUAUGAAGACGAAGAACAGCAAGCACGGUCUGGUGCUCCAUGGUUCAAGAAGCCUCUUAAAAAUGUGUCAGUUGUGGAUAGUGAACCAGUGAGGUUUACUGUUAAAAUAACUGGAGAACCCAAGCCAGAGGUUACAUGGUGGUUUGAAGGGGAAAUGUUGCAAGACUGUGAGGACUAUCAGUAUAUUGAGAGAGGAGAAACAUACUGUCUCUACUUACCGGAAACUUUCCCAGAAGAUGAAGGAGAAUACAUGUGUAAAGCAGUAAAUAAUAGAGGAACAGCAGCUAGCACCUGUAUUCUCACAAUUGAAACUGAUGACUAUUAAAUAUCCUACUUUUUCUGGAGCCUUCCUUCCCUAAAUUUACUGCAUCCAUCUCUUUCCCUCUUUCUGUGGUGGGCCAACAAGAAGGUGUUUGUCAUUCCUGAAAUAAUAUACCCAACUGCCUGAAUAACAGUUUCUAAGUGAAAUUUGCCAAUAGAAGUUUGGUUCACUGAAGCACAACAGCUUGAUCUACAUUGGCUGCUUGUAUGCGCCACUGUGUUGCUUCAUGCAACAAGGCCUUUUCUAUUUGGCAAGGUAUUCAGGUGAAGUGGCUUGCCAUGUUCCAGCCAUUUUUAUCAUGUCAACACAAAAGCUUGUACCAGUGUGGCAAAAAACCAACCUAGUUGCACAGUGAACUGUUUCAGACAAAUAGUGUACAACUUGGAGCCACCUCCAAGUAAUUGUGUAUUGUGGCCUUGAUGCCACUUUUUGUAUGUAUGAAGCUAGGUGGAAUACAAAAGUAAAUUGUAAUUUGUUCCUACAGCUAAAUAUCAAGCCAUAUACAUACAAAUCUUCAUUUCUUUGGUUCUGGAAGCUGUUAGUCAGAAACAAGUGAUUUUUGGUAAUGUAGCCAAAAUGUAAUGUAGUAGUUUAAGUUAUGCCUUGUUUAAUGCAACAUUUUCUUUAAAUCUGCUUUAAUAAAAGCAAAUUAAGAGUU